GUUCAUCCAAGCACCCAUAUCCCGGAAUGCUGUGAGCUCCUCCCCCUGCUGAGCGAAGAGGAACGUCAGGGUCCAAUCACUGCAGUAUAUAAAAAUGAACCCAAUCCGCUCUUCACUGGCAAACAAUGACCUCACUUUCCUUUUUGUGAUUGGACUGCUAAAUUUGGAACGCACACAGGUGUUAUAAAGAAAGCACUAAGAACGACGAACUUUAACUUUGAAUGGAUCGGCUGGUUGUGAGGAAAAACUGGAAGUGAUAUGUUUGGUUGUAUUUAGUCACAGUCAAGAGGCAGUUUUGACAUUUAACGUAUCGGUUGAUGAUAAAAGUUGUAAAGCCAUGACAGGCAUUCGGAAAAAGCUGGUAGUGGUAGGUGAUGGGGCGUGUGGGAAAACGUGUCUAUUGACUGUGUUGAAUAAAGAUGAGUUCCCUGAACAGUAUGUGCCAACUGUUUUUGAGACCGACGUCGCGGACAUGGAAGUGGACAGCAAACAGGUGCAACUUGCUCUUUGGGAUACAGCCGGUCAAGAGGAUUAUGAGCGACUUCGUCCCUUGUCCUAUCCAGACACAGAUGUUAUACUGAUGUGCUUCUCAGUGGACAGUCCAGACUCUCUCGAAAACAUCCUGGAAAAGUGGGUACCAGAGGUCAAACACUUCUGCCCUAACGUGCCCAUCAUUCUUGUGGCUAAUAAGAAGGAUCUACGGAACGACGAGAGUGUUAGGACCGAGUUGUCCAGACUGAAGCAAGAACCUGUAAAAACAGAGGUUGGGCGCGCAAUGGCCGUGCGCAUCGGCGCAUAUGACUACAUGGAAUGUUCGGCUAAAACCAAGGAUGGAGUGCGAGAGGUCUUCGAGACUGCAACUCGUGCUGCCAAACAGGUGCAACUUGCUCUUUGGGAUACAGCCGGUCAAGAGGAUUAUGACCGACUUCGUCCCUUGUCCUAUCCAGACACAGAUGUUAUACUGAUGUGCUUCUCAGUGGACAGUCCAGACUCUCUCGAAAACAUCCCGGAAAAGUGGGUACCAGAGGUCAAACACUUCUGCCCUGACGUGCCCAUCAUUCUUGUGGCUAAUAAGAAGGAUCUACGGAACGACGAGAGUGUUAGGACCGAGUUGUCCAGACUGAAGCAAGAACCUGUAAAAACAGAGGUUGGGCGCGCAAUGGCCGUGCGCAUCGGCGCAUAUGACUACAUGGAAUGUUCGGCUAAAACCAAGGAUGGAGUGCGAGAGGUCUUCGAGACUGCAACUCGUGCUGCGUUGCAGAAGAGACCCACAUCAGUCGGUUGUUGUGUGAACUGUUGUCUGCUGUCGUGACUGAAUUAUUUAUGGCCUAAUGUUAUACAUUGGACUAAAACCAAUAGGCAUAGAAUACCGAGAAUUAAAAAACAAAUGUAGCCUUCAGGGCACUCACGGUCGUCACGAUGAAAAGACAUUGACCAUGGACUUGAUUUGGACAUCAUCCUCAACGCACUGCGGUGACACUUUGACAACAGCUUUAUCAAUUAAUGAGUAAAUAAACACGGGUACGCGGUGCCCGCUCGAACCCAAAGCACCUGUGGUGCCUGUAGCCUACAAGUGCCGUUGACGUUUAGAUUAUACCUUGUCCGACACCGCUAUGUCUGCAGAGGUGUGGUGACAGUUUAUGUGACCAAGACUUUUAUAUAGACAGCUCUGUUAAUUGUAAAGAUUUUUAUGGAGAUAUUGUACAGUGUUGGAUGAGCUUUUUCCCUUGCCCUCAU